AUGAUUGCAAAACAAGUGCCCGACGGCGAGAAGCCAUACACCAUCCAAGGAGAAGCACAGAAGAUCUACAAAACCAUUGUCAACGACUCCAGACUCAAUGUUCCCGAGGAGGUCAAGGCGCUAGCCGACAGAGUCAACUUUGUGGGUGAAGAGACUCAACCGUUCUACCCGGUCCCCUACAAAUGUGCAGAGGCUCAAGCUGGUCUGUUAGGUCACGUCGCCCUGUUGGCGCUAGCCAUAGCAAAAGAUCGCUACGGCACAGAUCAGUCGUGCGAGAUCGAUGUUAGCCAGGCUCUACUGAACGGUCUGGGCGCGCUGUUCAUGCGACAUGAGGACACAUGGCUUUCCGGGAGCCCAAAGAUGGUAAGCGCAGUACAGCGUUGGGACCACGGCCAGACUCGUGAGCUGUACAGACAGCUGGCGACCAACAUCUACAAGUCCAAGGAUGGUCGUUGGUAUUCGCUGCAUGGCAAUAUGAAUCCAACACCUUUGCUGGAAAUGCUCGGCGUGCCGCAGCACAACGAACAGAAUUUGACUUGGGAGCAAAUCCUCGAGAUGUACAUGAAGAUAGUGGGUGACAUUGAUUCAACGACGCUUGACAACUGGAGUAACAAUGUCUACCGUACCCCUGGGACUAUUUGUUACGAGAAGGGGGAGUUUGAAGAAACGCCUCACGGCAAAGCUAUCAAAGACGAACCAUACUACAAUCUUCUCUCCCAACCAUAUUACACUCAACCAGUAGUAUCAUGGGACACGAUACCCUUCGACCCAAAUGAUCGACGCCCACUGUCUGGUAUCAAAGUGCUAGAUCUGGCACGCGCCAUUGCAGCCCCGACAGUUGGGCGAGUGUGCGCCGCGCUAGGAGCAACAGUCAUUCGAGUAUCAUGUUCAAUGAACACCGAACUACCGAUCACGCUGAUGGACGGGUGUCUGGGCAAGACAAGCGUGGAUGUCAACCUGAAGACAUUCGAGGGUCGCAAGAAGCUACUCGAACUGGUUGAGGAAGCCGACGUCUUUAUUGAUGGAUAUAGACCAGCGGUCUUGGAACAUCUGGGAUUCGGGCGCGACGCUGUGUUGGGGCUCGUCGCCAAGCGUGACCGUGGCAUCGUGUAUAUCCAGGAGAACUGCUACGGGUGGAGAGGCCCCUGGACGAUCAGGCCAGGUUGGGCUCAGAUCGCCGACACGGUGUGUGGCAUUGGACUCGCAAUCGGCCGAUUCAACGGCUUCGACGAGGCACAUAUCUUCCCGGGUCCCAAUGCCGACUACCUCACAGGCCACGCAGGGACAGCUGCGGUACUGCAUGCCCUGUACCUACGUUCCCGAUCGGGUGGCUCCUACGUCGCGCAGUGCAGUCUUCUCGUCUCGAACCUACACAUGCAAUCCUACGGAACGUACAGUGCCGAGCAGCAGGAAAUCUUGAAAGCCCGCAACCAGGAUCUCGUUGGCCACAUGCGACACUACGACGAGAUCGUCAGCCACGGGCGCAACCGGCACGUCGUGCGCGGAUUCAUUGCUGACAGGGGCUUCGAACGCGCUUUUCGGAAAGGAUUCUUUCAAACCGUGCCAGGGUCCGCGUUUGGAUUGGGGGAGCUUCAAGUUGCCAGUCUGGCGAUUAAGUUCAAAGAUUCGGUUGAUGGGGAAGAUAGAGAAGGAAUGCGUACAGACUGGGUUGUUGGGCCGUCCCCUCCUGGUUAUCAUAAGCCGCAGUGGGUGAGGGAGGAGAACCCAGAGUUUGUGUCUCUCACAGUCAAGGAGGAGACGGCUCAGAGUUAA